GGGGCUGCAGCGGCGGCUGGUGCCACUCCCGGCCCCGCGGCGGGCGGGCCGCGCCGCAGGUUCUCGCGGCUCGGCGUAGAGGAGAGGCGGGCGCGGAGCUGCCGCGGAUCCCCCCCACCUCACGGUGAAGGGCAAGCAGCGGCGGCGACCCGCCAUGGAGAAAGCAUCGGCCGCGGAGCUCCGGCAGGGCGCGCUGGUGCCGCUUACCGCCAUCUGCCUGGUGAAUUUAUUCCUGACUGGGAAAACAGAAAGUGCUGUUACCUCGUUAGCUGCUUGCAGUGGAAAACUGGAACAGCACACAGAGAGACGGGGAGUUAUCUAUAGUCCUUCUUGGCCAUUGAACUAUCCUCCAGCUGUAAACUGCAGCUGGUUCAUUCAAGGAGAUCACGGAGACAUGAUAACAAUUAGUUUUAAGAACUUUGACUUGGAAGACUCUCAGAAGUGUGCAAUGGACUGGUUGAUGAUCGGCCCAUCUUCCAAAAGGGAAGAGUACAAAGUGUGUGGAUCUUCCAUACCUCCGUCUUUCAUCUCUGCAAGGGACCAUGUUUGGAUAUUUUUUCACUCAGAUGCAGCAAGCUCAGGACAGGCUCAGGGAUUUCGCCUUUCUUACAUUAGAGGAAAGAUAGGUCAAGCUGCAUGCCAGUCAGAUGAAUUUCAUUGUGCAAAUGGCAAGUGUAUUCCCAGUACUUGGAAGUGUAAUUCCAUGGAUGAGUGUGGUGAUAACUCAGAUGAGAGAAACUGCACUGUCCCUCCGACCGAGCCUCCAUCCAGCAUCUGUCCCUCAGGAAUGUUCCAGUGUAGUGCAGCCCAUUCCACCAAAUGUUUGAUGAACGAGCUGAGAUGUAAUUCAGUAAAGGACUGUAGUGAUGGUUCGGAUGAAGAUAAUUGUCCUGAUCUUUCCUGUGGCAAAAGACUGGGUAAUUUUUAUGGAUCUUUCGCUUCGCCAGACUUAUUCCGUGCUGAUCACAGCAGAUCAGACCUUCGUUGCACGUGGUAUGUGGACACACAGGAUAAUCGACAUGUUCUGUUGCAGCUUGAUUUGCAGUUAGGCUACAAUGACUAUGUAAAAGUGUAUGAUGGCAUCAAAGAGAGAGGUGAUAAAUUAAUGCAAACAUUUUCAUACCACAACAACAGGCAUUCUGUGAGUGUGGAGUCAUCAAAGGGCCAGCUCACUGUAUCAUACCAUGCCCGGUCUAAAAGCACCGGGCAUGGGUUCAAUGCAACCUAUCAGGUGAAAGGCUAUUGCCUUCCUUGGGAACACCCUUGUGGAAGCGAUGAGGAGUGUUUCACAGACAAGCAGCGUUGUGAUGGCUGGUGGCACUGUCCAAAUGGCAAGGAUGAGGAAAACUGUCCUGCUUGCCAGAAGAAUGAAUACCCAUGUGAAGGAAACAGUGGGCUUUGUUACUCGGUACUUGACCGCUGUAAUAACCAAAAGAACUGUCCAGAUGGCUCAGAUGAAAAAAACUGCUUUACUUGCCAGCCAGGAAACUUCCACUGUGGGACAAAUCUGUGCAUCUUCGAGACUUGGCGCUGCGAUGGCCAAGAAGACUGCCAGGACGGAAGCGAUGAGCAUAACUGCCUGGUGAUUGUUCCCAGGAAGGUCAUCACAGCUGCUCUGAUCGGGAGUCUUGUAUGUGGCUUGCUGCUGGUGAUAGCACUGGGUUGUGCAUUUAAAUUGUAUUCUCUGAGGACCAGAGAGUACAGAGCAUUUGAGACCCAGAUGACACGAUUGGAGGCAGAGUUUGUGCGGCGGGAAGCUCCACCUUCCUAUGGACAGCUGAUUGCACAGGGACUUAUCCCCCCAGUUGAGGACUUCCCUGUGUACAAUGCAUCGCAAGCUUCUGUGCUGCAGAACAUUCGAACAGCCAUGAGGAGGCAGAUGAGACGACACUCAUCAAGACGGAGCUCGUCUCGGCGGCGCUUGGGCAGGCUCUGGAACAGACUUUUCCACAGACCUCGGGUGAGAGGACAGAUCCCGCUCCUGACACCUGCCCGCACUUCACAGACUACACUGGGUGAUGGAAUCAUCAAUCGCGCUGUUGGGACUAUUCGAAGUCCUCCCCCUUCUCCUGAAGGACCUAGUUUAGAGGCAAAUGCCCCUGGUCAAGCCAGGUGCCUACAAGAAGCUGUAUGUAGCAGCUUGCAGUCAGAGACUGAAAGCACAGAGCCACCGCCUUCAACUGUCUUACUGAAUACUUGCACAGCAGCACAUGCAGAGCCUGAGGCUGGACGCACUGGUAAACCUUCAGGUGCUGAGACCUCUGGCAGUGAGCUUAAGCAGUCCAGUAAAGGGGAUUCAGGAAAGGCUUUCAGAGAUCCUUUAUCUGAAAGUGUUACAGAAACGAUCCAUGGAGGGUCAGCAUCUAGGAGGACUGUCCGAGAGGACAGUAGUUUAAGUAGAAGUCAUCCGCUGAGUGAAGAGCCAUGUAGGUUACCCUUAAAAAGAUGGGAGUCUGCUUAUCCAGACACCCCCAUGAAUGUUCAUAUCCAAGUGGAUGGACAAAACCGAUGUUGCUCUAACUCAUACCGGGAGGAGCCUUUGGGGGUUCAUGCGGCUUGCUGCCAUUCUGUGGAAGUGCCAAUGUUAGAGUCCUCUUCUCCCCUCUCUGAAAUCAAUACCAGUGAUGAUGAAUCUUUACUGGUUUGCUAAUAAAAAUUUUUAGUUCAGCCCUGUAAAUUUUGUAACUUCAUUGUUUAUAUGACAGUGCACUUUGGGGAUAGAUGGUAUGUCCAUGCUCUCAACUUUUUCUCUUAAAACCAGUGUGCUUUAAUCCUGCAGGGAGUACAGUAUGAGACCAAAUGAGACAAGUUUUUGUCUUCCUUGCUAUUCCUGAAAUUCCAGUGGUGCAGAAAUAGGCCAGUAUGUGAUGUCAGGGGCUAGGAUAGCAAGAAUGUGUCCCUGCAGUUUGGAGGCAUUUCCAUCCUCUGAUAAUUCUUCUGUGCAUUUACUCACUCUGCGUUCAGGGAGCUAGUGUUUCAUUGCUUUUCAAGUGGUCUUACUGAAAUUAGAGUGAACUCUUUGGAACCUGGGGCAGGCACUAUUGUCAGUCUGAGUACUGAACUAGAAAUAACAUUGUCUUUUAGACAUCACCAUUUAAGUAGAAGUUAAUAAUUUUUAAUUACAAAUAGUUAGAAGGAAAUAAAUCCUUUGCAGCUUCCUCUUCACAGAAAUUGCAGACUUUCUUUGCUUCUUUCAGAAAUGUUUUGAUGGUCGUAUGUACCUUCAAGCACCUGCUAAAACCAAAGGUUCUAUUAGAAUACCCAGGAUGAUAUCUGGUGUGUUGCCUGCUAAAGCUUUGCAGGAGAGAUUAGCAGGGUUCAGUGUAAGCGGAGAGCAGUGAACCCCAGCUGCAGCGAUAUUUCUGUUUUGUGUUGUCACGUUAAAUUCUCUGUAUAAUGAUGUGAAGUUUGGAGAAUUGUUUGCUUUCUCCCAACCUUCUUUUUCCCCUCCUCCUGUCUGUUUCCAGGGACUUUAUGAUUGCACCACAUUGGCGGUGCCCUAAAGGGUGCUGAUCCUUCACAGCUCCUGUUGGCUGUAGAAGGAAGCACUGAGCAUUUGGUAACUGUCAGGAUAGAUUUCUGAUUUAUUUUAAAGUAAAAUCUGCAUCACAAGUUUGCUUGUAUAUUGGCUACCUAGGUGCAGAUGUAUUUUGUUUGCUUUUUUUCUUUUAAGAACUGAUGUAGGUGAGUGCCAUUUUCACAGUUGACACUGUGGAUUGCUCAGUACUUAAACGUAAACUAGCGCCUUUUGCAUUUCUAGAGUUUAACUAAACGUGAGCAAGUUAUUUACCUGGAAGAAGGGUGAUGUUGCUAAACCAGCAGUGACUCAGUGCAUGAUGACAGGACAUUUCUGUGUGGUAGCUGGGCCCCGUUGUGAUGGCUGGGGCAUUGGCCAGGGUCCCCCAUGCUGUAACACAAGUUCUGCUUCAGUUCCCCGUGACACAGUGACAAACUAAAAUGCUUUAUAUAGGAGUUAACAAGGAAGUUGAUGCUGCUGCCCUGUAAAUACUCUUCUGCUCAGAAACUUGUUUAUUGAAGUAGGAAUUCAAGUUGCCCGAAGUUAUUAACUGAAUUUGUAAAAUUGAGAUGGACUUUGGUGUCUGUGGAGCUGGGCUCUGCUGUCCACAGCACCUCCUGGCUGUAAAGGCAAACAGGCUUUCACAGUGAAUGUUUAUGUUUACAUCAAAGUGUCAAAGAUUUUUUUUUCCUUUAAAUGGACUAUAUUUUGACUUGGAUCUUUUACUAGGAGUCCUUUUUGGGGAGUGCCUUGAAAAGAACAAGGAGCAGGACUUUGGCUUUACUGGAAUGUAGGAUGGAAGAAUGAAACUGAAGUUGGUUUAGUUUUGGGUUAUUUUUUUUUUCGUGUGUGUGUGUGUCUUCAGUUGCAAAUUGGUUUCCUUUAUUGAUUUUUGCAGAAGAAAUCUCAGGGUCUGCACUGAGAGUGCUGCAGUGUCAAUACCUGAGGAAACCACAAAGGCUGUGAUAGCUUAUGUCUGCCCUUGUAAGCAUCAAGCAGUGAACCAACCGCUCUGGGAAGGUAUCCCAGGUCUGUUUCAUGUAAACUGCCUCCUUGUAUUCAGAGCUCCUUAAAAUUACAGCCAGAAAUUUAAAAAAGUGGGAAACUGCUGCCAUGCCAGGCAUGAGCAGGAAGAUCUCAUUGCCCCUGUUCCUUUGCUCAGUGGAAAAACCCACACUUUAAUGAAAGGUAAUCAGCUAAUAAACUUGCUAAAAUUUUUGUUAUUUUAAUAAUGCUUUUCUGCACUCUUUAAAGAUUUUUGUAGACGGGAAGGAGAAGAAAAGUAUUUAAGAUAGAUUUUUGGUUUGUUUUGUUUUGGUUUUGUUUUUUAAGAUACAAGCCUCCCCUGUUCAAGCAGCCGAAAAACCAUCCCUCAAAACCUCACUGAAUAGAGAAGAGUACAUAUGCCGGUUUAAGAUUAGAAGCUCACAGGCAGCAUUAAAGGAAAAGUGACUCUCUUGUGUUUUUUCUUACUGCUGUUAAAACAUGGGGAAUGUUUCUCUUUGAAAUUCUGGCAUCUGCCAGCUUGUAUUUGACUUUGUAACAUCCCUUAAGUCUACUUGUUUUCUGUUAUCUGCUAUGUUGUUUGCUGUUUUGUUUUGUUUUUUCUCCUUCAGGUUUUAUGCUAUUUACAUUGUAUAUAUUCAUUUACCCAUAAAAUUUUACCACAAUGAAUGUACAAGUAUAUGGUUCAGGUGUGGCAUCAUGGUUGACAGUGUCUGCUGGUUCCUGGACAAUGAUACUAAGCAAGUAAGAUGCUGGGCAUCAUCAUACUUUGCUCUUGGUUUGGAUCCCUUCAUUUUUAAUAAAAUUUCAUGUGCCCAGA